CAGGGAAAAAGUGUGGAUGGAAAAAUCCACCGGACAUUUUACCGGCCCAGUAUAAUGUUUGUUGAUAGUUCACUAAAAUAGUUUUAGCAUGUGUUACAAUGUGCGUUUAAUAUAUUAAAUAAGGGAACAAAAGAAACUGCUAAAACAAUCAACAUUUAAUGGGAAAAUGUAAGUGUUGUAUUACAAUGGAAAUGUAAAAUUUUCUUCAAGUUUCAGUUCAAGAUAAAUUUGAUUCCAGUCAUAGUAAAUUCCAACGUUCACCAAAAUUCACCAUAAAUACCAAAUACGUUUACUUUAUCAUAUAUAUAUAUAUAUAUAUAUAUAUAUAUAUAUACAAGCGACAUUCCGAGCAGUACAUGUUCUGGUUGGUAUUGUCGUAAACAAGCCAUUCCUGAGUUUGUCCGUUGUCAUCAAUUCUCCACUUUUCAUUGUGGCAAACCUUUUUAUUUUUAUCUCCGGUUUUAGAUAAUUGGUCUUCGUCCAUCUGUUUUCUUUUAGGGGCUUUUUGAUCUGUUCAAUAUAUCUCCCAUGAUAUGUAUGCAGUUUGCCUAAAGCUACUCUGGAGUCACUUCAUCUUAGCCAGUCUUUGCUACCUGGUCUGCCAAAGUAGCGUUGUUCAAUACUCGCGCACUCGCAAAUGAGUCUCUGCUAUUGAGUGAAGUUAUCUCUGACCAGAAUUCUAGAUUGUUUAUGUCUUACUGAAACCUAGCAUCCACACAAUGACUGGUUCUGGCUACAGUUAGCUCUCUCUGCAGUAAAUUCAGCUAGAUUGUCCUUUUUCUCUAACCUUAUUAAGGACGGUACUCGCUAACCCCAGGCACCUUUUUUCUACAAUAAACCGCAUGCUGCAACCAAAUCGUCUACACCCUUCGGUUCCAAAGAUCAAUUUGAUGAAUUUUGAAGUAAAAGUGAAACCAUUAGGCAUCAAUUGUUAUCUUCUGAUUAAAACAUUGUUUUGUCACCUGUUACAUCUGUAUUUAUAGGAACCAACUUGGAUGACUUUGCCACGGUUACUCCAUCUAGCCUGGCUGAAGCGGAGCGAUGGAAGACUCUCAUUUUAAUUCUUCAUAUUUCUGGUCUCCGGUCUCCACAGGGCAGAUUGAGAACGCAGUGUUUAUCAAUAAGAAGGACCAAUUUGUCCCGUUAGACAAGGCUGGCAGCUUCGCUCCCCCCAGCGCCGCCUGUCACUACCCCACCGCCGUGCUCACAAUGCAAGGCUCCGCUGUUACUAUGGAGACGAGCCGAGGAGGGGGAAAGCCUCAGGAGUCAGGGGGGCACCUCCACCCCCCUCCCACCUCCCAGCAGAACAUCACUGUGGUCCCAGUACCAUCCACUGGGAUUAUGACUGCUGCUGAUUACCCAGAAUACAUCACUUCCCCUGCCGUGCAGUGCCUGUCCGCACGAGUACACAAUACAACUGUACAAUACUACACAACCGCAGGUCUGGUGAUCACCACUCCCCAGGGAACGAUCGUCUCCUCCUCCCCGCCAGGCUCAGUAGCCGGUCAGUCCUUCUCGGUGUCCGGAGUCACUGGUCAUCCUUCAGCUGCCACCAUGAUAGUGUCCGCGCUGCACCCCUCCCCUGACACACCGCCACCUGCAGGCGAGAAGCCCAAACCCCCCCCAUCCUCCUCGCAGCCACCCCCUCACCCCUCACCCUCCUCCUCUCAUGCCCACCCAUCCCCCCCAGCCCUCCACACCCCAGGCAAGCGCGGGCGCAAGAAGAAGCAGCCAGGAGGGGCCGGAAUCAACAGAACCGUCAUGCCAGCACACUCCGCCAUCACCGGCGGCAACCAGGCCAUGAUACUGGCACACCUAGCAGCAGGGGGGCAGCACCACAGCUCUGACCCCUAUGACCUUGGCAAUGAAGAUGAAGAGACAAUCACAGCGAAGGACGGCAGCAGGUCCUAUCGCUGUCGGAUGUGUGCUGUGACUUUCUUCUCCAAGUCUGAGAUGCAGCUCCAUUCUAAAACUCACACUGAGAACAAGCCCCACAAGUGCUUGCACUGUUCCAAGACUUUCGCCAACUCCAGCUACCUGGCGCAGCACAUCCGGAUCCACUCAGGGGCCAAGCCCUACACCUGCUCCUACUGCCAGAAGGCAUACAGGCAGUUGUCCCAUCUGCAGCAGCACACCAGAAUCCACACUGGAGAUAGACCGUAUAAAUGUGCACAUCCCGGCUGUGAGAAAGCCUUCACCCAGCUCUCAAACCUGCAGUCCCACAGAAGGCAGCACAAUAAAGACAAGCCCUACAAGUGUCAUCACUGCCACCGUGCGUACACAGACUCUGCCUCGUUAGAGGUGCAUCUCAGCACUCACACGGUUAAACAUGCCAAGGUGUACUCCUGCGGCAUGUGCAACCGCGCCUACACCUCGGAAACGUAUCUGAUGAAACACAUGCGGAAGCACAACCCUGAUCCCAGUAACCCAGUGCAGCAAAACCAGUCUGCCCAGUCCAGUAGCUCCCAGCAGAACCAACCCCACUACACAAACCAGUCUGAGCCCAUCCCAGGCCAGUGCCCUUUCGACCUGCACCAGUACAAACCAGUAUCGUCCACUGAGCUACAGUACAAACCAGUACAGAACCAGUCAGACCACCAACAACAUAAAGACCUGUGUCUGACUGUUUCUACCUCUGCUAUCCAAGUGGUGGAGCAUUUGAAUUCUUAAGACAGAGGAUAGAGAAUGGAGAUAGACAGGGAGAGAGGAGAGGAGUGAGGUGGAGAGGAGUGAGGAUGAAAGGAGGGGGAUGAGAGGGUAAGGCAGUGAACACAAAGAUUUCCACACAAAAUCAUGAUUUUAAAAUACAUAUGGCUUCAAAUGCCAUUGAAACAUAUUUGUAAUCCUUCCCUUUGUUUGCAACCAUUAUGGAUGGUUCCAGUAGGUGUGCUCUAAUAUUAAGAUAUUUUAUAAUUAGUCAAUUAGAUAACAAAACUGAUUUUAAAAUGUCAAUAUCACAACAACAGAAUUGGAAGUCAUUCAUAAUGAGUGUAGACAUGCUGAGCGGAGAGGGAGGGGCCUCAUAGCACACGUCAUACAGCAGACUGGCUGGGUAGAGGCAUGGCAUUGGUUUGAAAGGGUAUGUGAGUUGGUAUUUAAUGAUUUACAAUCCCACUGAUCUCUUUCAUUGUUAUUAGCUGUAUAUUAUAUUAGAGCUACUUAUUAUAACCUCAUCACUCUCUCUCUCUGUCUCUCAACCACAGGGGGUGCUAUUUUCUGUGUAAUAACUUGUAAUCCCAUUGUAUAUUAUUUGUAUAACCUGCUCAUACAAAAGUGCUGAGAGGACUGUCUAAUAUAUAGAUACCUAUUGAUUACAGUAUGUGUGUGUGUGUGUGUGUGUGUGUGU